CCAGACUAAACAAUAUUGACUAAGUAAGCAAAAAACCAAUUCAAGAUGAAGAUAAAGUCUCAUUUUUCCUUCUCCCUAAUGUUUCUUAUAGGCAUAGCCAUUAGCCACACACAUGUUUCUUUAGCAGAAUGUGACAAUGUGAAGGACUAUUGCCCUACAAUUCCUCCCCAAAAGCAAACCAUAUUCCUCAAUGGCUUCCCCUGCGAGAACCCAAAUAACACAAUUGCACAUGAUUUCAAGAGCAUGGAACUAAGCAAGCCAGGUUCAAGAGACAAGUUAGGUUCAUUAGUUAAAAUUGUUACAGCUUCCAAGUUUCCGGGGCUCAACGCACUCGGCCUCGCGAUUGGUAGAAGUGACAUUGAAGUGGAUGGCCUUGUGAACCUCCACAAUCAUCCAAGAGCCACUGAGAUGAUCUAUGUCAGCCAAGGUGAUGUAGUCGCUGCGUUUCUUGACACUCGGAACCAGCUCUUCCAGAAGAUUCUCAGGGCUGGUGAUGUGUUUGUGAUCCCCAAAGGGUUGUUUCACUUCUUGCUGAAUCGUGGUGCACAAGUUGCAACUGUGUUCUCUGUGUUUAACAGCCAAAAUCCUGGGUCAGGACCACUCACUUCCAUACCUUCUGACACGUUGGAAUCGGUUCAGAAGAUCAAGAGGAAGGUUGUCUCACUUUCUGAGUCAGAACUUGAUGGUGUUAGUGAUUUGACUUCUGCAGUGUUGGAUAUCAUUUACAGUUAACUAUUAAUUAAAGAGUAUUAUAUCAUGAUUCAUGACUUUCUGUAAUUUGUUGCACGGUACUACUAUUUAUAUCAUGUGUUUGUGGUCUUGUGGCUAAUGUAAUAUCACAAUUGCAUUUCACUUUAUAGUUUCUAGUUUUAUGACAAUGUAAGGCACUUUAUUGUGUAGGCCAUUGCAUCAAUUACAUUCUGGAGAGUCAUACCA